UUUUUUUUAUCAUUUCAUUUCGUUGGCAGAAGGAAAACGUUGUCCUAUCUUGACCCAAUCACUCUCUCUUCCUCCUCUCCUUCUUCCCUUCCUUCCCUUCCCUUCCCCCUCCCUUCCGUACCUUCAACCCUCUGUCUACCCAUCUCACCCAAACUCUAUACGACACUAACUCACGACACAACUCCCGCACUCUCGUGCAAACACAAAACAAAAUAAAACAAAAAAAACCUGACACAACAAUAUGCCACCGACAACACGGCGAGGCAAUAUGUUUGGGCCUUACCUUCUCCUUCAAACUCUAGGAGAAGGUGAAUUCGCAAAGGUCAAACUAGGCAUGCAUGCUGAUUCAGGAGAAGAGGUCGCCAUUAAGCUGAUCAGGAGACAGUCCGUCGAUAAUACACCACGCAUCAACAAAAUUGGACGAGAGAUUUCUGUUCUUCGAACUAUUCGGCAUCCUAACAUUAUCUCACUGUUUGAUGUGAUCGAGACUGAGCGCUACAUUGGCAUUGUCAUCGAAUAUGCUUCAGGUGGAGAGUUGUUUGACCAUAUCCUUGCCCACCGAUAUUUAAAGGAACGAGAUGCAUGUCGAUUGUUUGCACAGCUGAUGAGCGGCGUUCACUAUCUUCAUUCUAAGCAAAUUGUGCAUCGUGAUCUCAAACUGGAAAACUUGCUUCUUGACAGAAACCGCAAUAUCAUGAUCACAGACUUUGGAUUUGCAAAUCAAUUUGACGGCUCAACUAGAGAUCUUAUGUCAACAUCGUGUGGAUCGCCGUGCUAUGCGGCGCCUGAGCUCGUUAUUAGUGAUGGUCUUUAUGUGGGUACUGGUGUUGAUAUUUGGAGCUGUGGUGUCAUCUUGUAUGCGAUGCUGGCAGGAUACCUCCCUUUUGAUGACGAUCCUUCCAAUCCUGAUGGUGACAACAUCAAUCAGCUUUAUAACUAUAUCUUGGCCACAACGCUUGUGUUUCCAGAAUAUAUUUCGUCAGAUGCCCGUGAUUUGUUGAGGAUGAUGCUAGUGCCUGAUCCAGCUAAGCGCUGCAACAUGAGGAGGAUUAUGAGCCACCGUUGGCUACGCCCAUAUGCCCAAAUGUUCCAAUACAGUAUUGAAGAUCUAGAGGCACAAGCCAUUGCCAGGCUCAAUGGCACGGUCUGGAUCCCACCACGACAGGCUUGUGCUGUCGAAGCAGCAGCAACAGCAAAAUUGCAGCUAGCCAAUGCUGGUCCUCCAAGACCAUCUGCAGACGAAAUCAUGCCAAGGCGUCAUACUAUUUGGAUCGAGUCUGUUCCGGAUGCGCCGACUUGGGAGACAGGUCGUCCGCUACUCAAACCAGAAGAAGAACCACCACGACAACCUAUCCCUACUCAUUCAGAGACAGCUAUGGAUAUCGAUAGAGAGGUAGUUGUUCAAGAGCCAGUGGUGGAUGUGCCUCAGCAGGACGAGACAAUGGAGUAUGUCCAGCAACCCAGCGAGCCCAUCGAUAUCGAUCCAACACCAGAGCUACCUCAGGACCAUGGAAUGGACAGAAAUACUAUGAUGGACAGUGAUCAUCAACUUAACAUCACGUCUGAACCAUCGACUGGAUCGCCCGUUUCUAUGCAUAGCAAUGAUGACCAUCAGACCAGCAGUGAGAUGAUACCAUCGCCUUCAACAGCUGCGUCGCUGAUUGCGAAGUCUUCUGUAUCUGAUAACAUCGCUGCUCAAAACCGCGAGGAGAUUGCCAUGAAACUUGAGGUUGCAGAGCGCCCCAAGACACCAGAGAGAGUUGCAGAGAUGAAGGCGAAGCCUAGCAUCGAAAGUACUGUUGACAUGUCACCCACGGCCACUUUUUCGCGUCGUACUGGCCAACACUCUAGAAUUCGACCUACCACCAUCCAUGGAGAGCCCAUGACACAAAGUUAUAAUUAUCCUACAUCAGCUUCAUCCAAAUAUCAUGAGCCUCUCCCCACUCCCAAACCUCGUUCGAAACCAUCACAGGAAAAUGCUUUCCUCACUCCGCCCAAAGCUUUUCAUCAAUCACAUUACCAACAGUCAUCUUCCUUAUUGCAGCCACCUGUUGACUCUACAAAUAUCCCACCUGUACCUGUACCUGUACCCGGUCAACCAGAGUCGAAGCCUGUAACACAUUCAUCUAGUAUGCCACCACCACCUGUACCAGUAUCUCCUGUUCCGGACAAAGUUCAGCGGAAAGGAACAUCGUCUCCUGGACGCCUCUUCGGCUUUUUGGGCAAUCUCUCCAAGAAACAUGGAGAAUCAAACACCAAUACUGUGUCGUCGCCCAAGAUUACUCAAGAGGCAACCAUGAAUGGCGACUCUCCAAAUUCGAGCACUCCUGCCACUUCUCCGUCUUCUAAGAAGCCAGGCUCCAUUAACCAGGUCUUUGGUCGCUAUCAACAUCAUCAACAGGAAAAGGCGAGUCAAAAGGGUAAAAGACGCAAGACGCUCAGUCUUGUGGGAGGCGCGGAUGAGCAUCAUCUUCAACAGAUCCAUGGCGGUACUCGACCGCCCAUGCCUUCAGCGGAGGGGCUCGGCAUUAUGGCUGCCUCCUCGAGCUCAAACACCGCCCAGAGAAUUAUGGGAUGGCUACGACGCAAGUCAUUUGCCAAAUCUGAUAGACCUCAGUUCGACGGGCUGGAGCAACAGUUGCCCCAUAUCAAUGGCUCGUCACCUUCAUCAAUACCAACGCAGACCAAUCGCAUAUCUCGUGCUGGAUCUGUAUCGCCUCAGGAGUUGGAAAUGGCAGGCAUGCUUCAGUCAGGAACAUUGUUAUCUGGUCGUAUGUCACAAUCUGGUACCAACGCAGUUAUUGGCAAUGCUUCUACAGCAGUUGAGGGUGGAAGAGAUCCUGCAUUGGAGGCCCUUCUUCAUAGAUUGCCUUCCAACUGGACCGAUUCCAAGCUGAAAUGGCACUCUGGAGCCGUUGAGAUUUCUGCACUCUCAUCGCGUCAUCCUGUUGAGAUUAUGUUUGAAAUCAAAAAUGUCAUUCUUCGCCUUGGAAUGGAAUUUAGAGUUGACUCGGACUUCAAAAUCAAGUGCGUGCGAAGAAGGAGAAAUGCGGAUAAUACAUCAGAUAGUAAGACACAUCACCAUUCAUCUUCACUUUACGGCACGACGCAUGUUCCAGACGACAAUGUGAGCGUCAUGUCCAGCAAUAUGUCUGCUGGUGAGGCAUGGACAUCGGCUAGAGGCGCAGGUGGAUCUGUUAUCGGCGGCAAGAAGAAGGGAGGUAUUAGAACGCUGCUCUGGCGUAACACUACAUCUUUGAGCUUACCUUCAUCUCCUCCACCUCCUGUUCCACCCCUGCCUUCAUCCCCUCGUGCUCUGCCUCAGGUGAUGAAUGGGUCUACACAGGGCCUAUCCUCACCCCCUGUUACUGGUUCUACAGCAACCAAGGAGAUUGACUCAGAUCAUGGUGUAUGGGUCAGUUCAGGUACGCCUACUGGACUGGGCAUAACUGCAACGGCUGUCAACGGUAACAGCAACGGCAGUCAUCAACAAGCAUCUACACCAGCUACACCAAUGACAACGAUAGCAGCAGCAACGACAGCAUCACAAGAGGGCGGAAUUGCAUCUCUUCCUAGUAGCUCAACCAUUGCCACGACAAUGGCUGCCAAUGUUGGACCAGAACCUUUAUAUGGUGAAGAGUCGAUCGACUCGGGUGAAGAAGUGCGAUUCUCGAUCGAAGUCUGCAGGAUCAAGAACCUGCCAGGUAUCUACUGCGUAGAUAUCCGUCGUAUGAAGGGCAACCUAUGGGCCUACAAGUUCCUCUAUCAUGCCGUCCUCAACACCCUUGAUCUCAAUAGCAAGGGGGGCUAUAUCCCUACACUUCCUGACAAUUUGAAGGUCGUGCAAGCCCAGUAGAGAACAAUAUCUACUAGCAGUAUCAUCAAAUAUUGCAGCCUUAUAUACAUGACCAAAAGCUCGCCAAUUCAUAUUCCCGCAGAAAAAAAAAAA